UCUCUACCCCCCCCUCCAUAAAGCUACUCUCUACUCCCACUCUCUCUUCUUCACGCUAACUCCCACUUUCUCGUCGUUUCCGUACUUCCGUGAACUUCUCUCCAUUUUCUUCUUCUUCCUCCUCAUUUCCUUCUGAUGCUCUGUUUUACUCAGAACCGGAGCAUGGAGCGGUUUUCUCUUUUCUUAUGCUUUCUGGGUCUCGUUUCCAUCUCAGCAUUUGCAGAUGCGGGUUCAAUCGGAGUGAACUAUGGAAGAAUCGCAAACAACCUUCCGUCUGCAGGGAAGGUGGUUCAGCUUCUGAAAUCGCAGGGUUUAGAGCGUGUUAAGGUCUACGAUACAGAUCCUGCUGUUCUCAAAGCCUUGUCUGGGUCCGGAAUCAAAGUGACAGUGGAUCUACCCAACGAGCUUCUGUUCUCGGCAGCCAAACGUCAGUCUUUCGCCAACACAUGGGUUCAGAAAAAUGUUGCCGCUUAUCACCCAUCUACCCAAAUCGAAUCCAUUGCGGUGGGUAAUGAAGUAUUCGUGGAUCCCCACAAUACCACCAAGUUUCUAGUACCCGCCAUGAAGAACAUCCAUUCGGCUCUCGUUAAAUACAAUCUUGACUCCGCCAUUAAAGUCUCAUCCCCCAUUGCUCUCAGUGCUCUCCAAAACUCCUACCCUGCUUCAGCCGGGUCAUUCCGACCCGAACUCGUUGAACCCGUGUUCAAACCCAUGUUGGAUUUCCUCCGUCAAACCGGGUCGUACCUAAUGGUUAACGCAUAUCCAUUUUUCGCUUUUGAGUCAAACUCUGACGUCAUUUCCUUAGACUACGCUCUGUUUCGGGAGAACCCGGGUGUUGUGGAUUCGGGUAACGGGUUGCGUUACUUUAGCCUCUUUGACGCCCAAAUCGACGCCGUUUUCGCCGCUAUGUCUGCUCUGAAAUACGACGAUAUCGAAGUGGUCAUAACUGAGACUGGCUGGCCGUCAAAGGGAGACGAGAAUGAGAUAGGUGCGAGUGUAGAGAACGCCGCCGCUUAUAAUGGCAACCUUGUCCGUCGGAUUCUCACCGGCGGUGGGACCCCAUUGAGACCCAAAUCAAAUCUAACCGUCUAUUUGUUCGCCCUCUUCAACGAAAACCAGAAAAACGGUCCCACUUCGGAGAGAAACUACGGCCUAUUUUAUCCCACCGAACAGAAAGUUUACAACAUUCCGUUUACCGUCGAGGGAGUGAAAAAUUACCAUGAUACCCCUCGUGCACCGGCAACCGGAGGUCAGCAUGUUGCAGCCCCAGUCAAAGGUAACGGCGGGGUUUCAAAAAGUUUAACGGGGAGCACAUGGUGCGUAGCCAAUGGACAGGUUGGGAAAGAGAGGCUACAGGCGGCUCUAGAUUUCGCUUGCGGUGAGGGAGGUGCUGAUUGCCAUCCGAUCCAGCCAGGUUCCACGUGUUACGAUCCUAACACGCUUGAAGCCCACGCUUCGUUUGCUUUCAAUAGUUAUUAUCAGAAAAAUGGGCGUACAAUGGGGACGUGUUACUUCGGCGGAGCGGCAUACGUAGUCACUCAACCACCUCAGUAUGGAAAGUGCGAGUUCCCGACUGGAUAUUGAAGAGGAUACAAAGGGGAAUAUGAUGGAUCAAAAAGAUUGGAAGGGGAUUGAUCGGUUUUUAUGUAUUUUUAGUGAAAUUUUGGGUUCUCUCCUUUGUAUGUAAUCUUGGGGUAGCUGUUGUUGUAGACCAUUUAACUUGACUUUGUUUGUGUCCAUAUAUUAAUUAAUUAAUUGCUUUCACUUUUCCGCUA